AUGACCUCGAACUCAGCAGAAACCGCAGUUCUUUUCGACAAGCCUCAUAUUUACUCCAUUGAUAUUACCGAAGGCCAGCUGCACGAUGUUUGCGAUCCGGAUCACCAUGUCCACUACGAGGAGUUCUUUGUGAACAAUCCCACGGACAAAGCCUGUGGUAAACACUUCCUUCUAACCACAACCGCACACAUCGAGACGCCGAUUACUCCCCCUCAGACUCCGCCUCGAGCGCGAGGACCCCGUGUGCGGCCUCUUAUAAACACGACAGCCCUGCCCCGGAUCGACACAAUGCUCGACACCGCUCCUGAUUCUCCGCCAGACCUCACCAACUCCAAAUCCUCCAAAUCGUCUUCGUUCCAUUCCUCUAGCCUCGAUGACGUUGCUGGAUUCAAUGGUGUGCCGGACUUCGAAGAUAUAUCCUUAGAUGAGCUCCGCAUACUACCGAGCCAGUCUUCGCCGAAGCGGCCUCUCGCACGCACAUCCAUUACAUCGACCAGCAGCAGCCGGAGCAGCGGACAAGGCCUGUCUUCUUUCAGAGACCUUACGAACUCGAAGCCGCGGUACCCGAGCCUAAGGACGCAAGUCAAUGGCGCAGUGAGGCAGCAGGCAUGUCUCGACCCGCCCAACCGAACGAUGCGGCGGGGCUCUGCAAGCCCGUCAAGGCCUGCUCAGGGAAUGCGGAGCGCGCCGGCCCCUCGAUCGAGGUCCAAUUCCCCCUCGGGACCCUCUCAACACAAACUCCCGCCAUCGCCAUGCUCGUUGCGAUCGAACUCAUGUAGCGGAAGCUCCCCUACAGGGAUGCCCCUAGGGCGCAGACAGUCGUGGCAACCUGGACGGAAGACUGUAAAGGAGCUGGAGGACGAAUACCACGACUCGGAUGAAGAAGUGCCAGAAGAUGCCAUUAUGUGGAACGUCCCAGUGUCACCACGGCCACCGCACGAACGAUCAACACCUCCUACCCCUGCCCUACAGACUCCACGGGUGUCAUCUAGUCGAGAGAGAGGUCAAGGGCCGGUCAAGCACCACCAAUCAAUGCCUGGCGUGCUUCCUAUCAACGCAAGAUCAUCAUCCGGACCGUCUCACUUCCCCACACGACCUCCGCUACCGGUCAGUGCUUCAGAGGGCGCCGUCACUGACGGUUAUCAUCCGUACAGGCCGCGUACCAAGUCCUGGACAGCUGCUGUUUAUGACCUCUCGCCAGAAGCCCGGAGCCUAACCGAGGCCCUAGAGGCAUACGCCGAGCAAACCGAGCACCAGCACGAAGAGAGGAUCCAGAAUGGGGUUCCAACAGCCCGCCAAUCCCACGACAAGCUCCGGAGCACAUCCUCCCUAGUCGAGCUCCCCCCUUUACAAAAAGGCAACAUAAUGAUCGACCCCCUCCCCAUCAGCAAAGAAAAAGCCGCCGUCCUCACACGCACCCGGCCCUCCUGGCUCCCGCCCAAAGACCCCAAAGAAGAGGCCAAGCACCUGAAGGAGUACCAGCGCAUGAUGGCCCACUCCCUCGAAGCCGAGAAACGCCACAAAGCGAAGAUAGCUGAGGCCAAGGCCGCCCACGACGACACAGCCACAGCCCUCUCCCGCAUCUGGGACCAGCACGUCCUGCCCAACUGGGCCGCCGUGCUGCACGAGCCCCGCACACGCGAGCUGUGGUGGCGAGGCAUCGCGCCGCGCAGCCGAGGGGUCGUCUGGAGCCGUGCCAUCGGGAACGAACUCGGCGUCACGGCAGACUCUUAUACCGCUGCUUUGGGCCGCGCACGUGCGGUGGGGGAACAGCUAGCCGGCCCGAGGGAGGAGGAGGAGGAACGCAACGCCCGCCGCGAACGCAAGUGGUUUGCGGACAUCGAUAGGGACGUUGGCACGACCUUUCCGGCGCUCAAUAUCUUCCAACCGACUGGUCCGCUGCAUCAACCGCUGCUUGAGCUGCUGAAGGCGUAUGCGAUGUACAACCCCGACAUCGGCUACGUACAUGGCACGCACCUCGUCGCGGCGCUCCUGCUCCUCAACCUCCCCGCGGGCGCACCAUCCUUCGUCGCGCUAGCGAACCUGCUCAAUCGGGCUGUGCCAGCUGCCUUUCUCGGCGGAGACGAGGGCGCGCAAGCAAGGGUUUACGACUUGCUGGCCGGGAUGGUGCGAUACAAACUGCCCCGCCUAUCCCGCCAUCUUUUCGGCGAGGAAGGACGGCGGGAAGGGGAGAGAGGAGGGAUCGGCCUCCAGAUGCGCGAGUGGCUGGAUCCGCUGCUCAGCGGGCUGUUUUGUGCCGAGCUGGGCGUCGAGAUCGCCAGUCGGGUCUGGGAUGUCUAUGUUUUUGAAGGCGAUAGGGCACUUGUGCGGGCGGUGGUGGGGAUGUUGAGUGUGCUGGAGGGGAGGUUGUAUGGGUCUAAAGAGGAGGUGCUGCGGGUGCUGAGGGGGACGCGGGAUGUGGGUACUGCGGAUGAGUUUAUGGCGGGGAUGAGGAGCGCGGGGAAGGUUGAGGUUGAGGGUGAAGGGACAAGGCGAUGA